GAUCGUAGAGUAGAUCGUUUGGUUAAAUAAAUCAAUACUCCGCGAAUAAACAAGAAUCGAAUAAAAAUGUUAGAAAGUAAAACAGAAAUUCAAGAUACGGAGGAGAAGAAAACGGAAACUGAAAUCUGUUCUAGAAUACGAAGUCUGCAUCUCGGAAAUAAAAAAACUGAACACAAGGAAACGAAAUAUUUUGGGGAAUUUAAAAAGGUCAUAGAUUUGGAUCAAUACUAUCCUUCCGAUGAAAUAAAAUUGGCGCAAACUAAAAAAUUUGCAGUGGAAUUUUUGGUUAAAAACAAACCAUUAUUGCAAAAAUACGUAGAAUGCCAGCAACUUGAACCGGGCUGCAUUAGACAAGUUUUGAAAUUGUUGUUACAAAUUGAGGAUGCGCAUACUAUGCUGCCCUACUGUAGUUUAUACCAAAAACAUGCAAUUCGGGUGAGAACAUCGAAAUCCAAAUAUCCUCUCCAAUUCAAGAUAAAGGUGCCACCGCAGAUCAAUCUCGAUGAGGUGCUUAGUGUCAAAACGGAUGAAGUGGUAUUUGUACCACUACUGAGCACUGCUUUGUCGCAAGUUAAAAUUAAAUAUCCUAUAGAUUUACUUGAGAUUCAUCCACAUGAGUCAAUUGAAGAUCGUGAUUCACAAGUACAGCGUCAUGUGAGAACAUUGCAGAAGGUUGAAAACAAGACAGUUUAUGUAAAAAUAUACGAAGAAGAAAAUAGUGAAACGGAGGAAGAUGGUGAAGAAAUAAUGCUACCAUUCAGUUUGGAAAAGCCUUAUAAUAUAAUUUUCCGUCCAAAUCGAUACAAUUUUCGUGUGCAAUAUCGUGCCUUAGACUUGUUGAAUCAUAAAAAAUGUGAAUACAUUUUCCCGCCAAAUAAUUUGACUAAAGUAAACGUUGCCACAAACUCGAGCCUUAGUUUGAAAAUUAUUAAUGAGCAGAUUUGCACAAAUCCCGAGCAAUUGCAAGCUGUAGAACAAAUUGUGGCUGGUGGAAAUCCUUACGCCCCGUACAUAGUUGUUGGACCGCCAGGCACUGGCAAAACCACGACAAUCGUAGAAGCAAUUUUGCAGCUUUACAUUCACAGGCCUGGAUGCCACAUUUUGAUUACAACCGGCUCGAAUUCAGCUAGCGACACAGUCGCCUUGAAAAUUUGUGAAUAUUUCGAAAAACAUCCACAACUUGAAGAACAGCAGCGCGAGCCUAGAACAAACGAGUCUGAAACUUGGAAUAUAUUACGCGUCUUUUCAAAUUCAUGGAUUAAUAAAAUUGGGCUUAAAAAUAUGAAUCCUCUGAUCAAGAAAUAUGCAAAUUUUUUUGAAGGGGAACUUGUGUCACCUGACGUUAAGGUACUUCAGAAAUAUAGCAUAAUUGUGGCGACACUUUGCACUGUGGGACGCUUGCGUACCGGCACAAUUGGAGAUUGGCCCUUUACGCAUGUCUUCAUAGAUGAAGCGGGCGCCAUCACGGAAGUGGAAACUUUGGUUGCCAUAACUAGCGUUAAUACGAAAACUUGUCGUGUGAUAUUGUCGGGAGACACAAAGCAAUUGGGACCGGUGGUCAUGUCACAAAUUGCCGCUGAACUCGGCCUUAAACACUCCCUAAUGGAACGUUUACUCGAACGCGAUUGUUAUGCGAUCAGAGAGGAUGGCACCUAUGAUCAAACUUUACAGACACGUUUGCGUCGAAACUAUCGAUCGCAUCCGGAAAUUUUACGGCUGUUUAAUCAUUUUUACUACAAAGACGAAUUGAUUGCAGAAGUGGAAAUGGAUAAGCUAUUGAAAUGGGAUGAACUAAAAAUGCUCGGCAAUAAAAAGUUUCCCAUCAUUUUCGAGCCUGUAUAUGGCCAGCUAGACCGCUCAAAAUCAUCACGAAGCUCUUACAAUAAAGCAGAAGUCGACCAAGUCCUCUGGAUUAUCCACAAAUUGCAAAACCAUGUGGAUCUUGGGAAAAUAGGGGUUAUUUCACCUUACAGACUUCAAUGCGCAAAAAUAAAACAAAUAUUGCAUCAUCGAAAUUUGAAAGGCAUCGAAGUUGGUACAGCCGAGCUAUUUCAAGGUCGUGAAAAGCCAAUUAUUAUAGCUUCGUUCGUGAAGUCAUUUUGCAAUUUGGGCUUUGUAACGGAUCCGAAGCGGUUGAAUGUCAUACUGUCGCGAGCACAGUCGUUGCUUAUACUCAUUGGAAAUCCGAAAACUUUGCAAAGUGAUGAGCAGUUUAGCUACCUCAUACAGGAAUGCAAGGGCAUGAAAACGUUCAACGAAAAGAAGUAGAAAACAAAUGCGGAGUUGCUAGAUUGGAUGGGAUUAAAAGGUUUGCGCCCUAAAUGCUCUUAGGAAUAAUAUUUGGACCCCCCAUUUUUCGAGGAAAUUCUUGAAUGAUGGUGAGAUGUCUUGCGGCGACUUAAUCAGGAUAUUUGAAGUGAAUAUUUUUAGUUUAUUUGGUGAAUGAGUCAUGUUUUAAAAAGUAAUUUUUUUGUAUAUUCGUAUGCUUGUAUGUACACACAUUUAUGUCCUUGUGUUGAAAUCGUUUACAUUGUCAUUAUUAUUUUUCCCCCCUAAUUUGCAUGA